AUGGAGCAGGGGCCGGCGGGGGGGUCCGGCUCCGCCGCCGGCACCGGGGGUCUGCUCCUGCCCCUGAGCGAGACCGAGCAGCAGCGCUACUCCGAGCUCUUCUCGCGGUGCUGCCCGCCCCCCGAGGCGGCCGCCGGGGGCAGCAGCGUGGGCGAGCUGUUCCGGGCCUCACAGCUGCCCCCGGACACGCUGCACCAGAUUACUGAAGUUUGUGGAGCCAAGCGUGUGGGUUAUUUUGGUCCUGCUCAAUUUUAUAUUGCUUUGAAGUUAAUUGCAGCAGCACAGUCAGGGUUCCCAGUGCGGAUUGAGAGCAUUAAGAAUGAAUUGCCUCUACCACGAUUUAUGGCACUGAAAAAUGACACUGAAGUACGUUAUGGGACUCCAGCAGAAUUCCAUGGAGUUAAAUUUCAGGUUCCACAUGCAACUUUGGAAAAAAAUUCCUACAAAAGAACAGAUGAAGGGGACAAACAGGAACCCAAAUCUCCUCCGAUGUCUCCAAUUUGCUCACCUCCUGCUUCUCCAUCUACUUACCAGAGAAUACCCCUAAGUUAUGGAUAUGGUAAAGCAAGAAGUGGGCUGGAACAGCAGCAUGGAGCUCCUUAUGAAGUCAAACACUCUACUCACCAGCAAGAUGGACCAUCUUCAGGGAAUUAUGGAGCCAAAUCUGCACUCACCUGUUCAACUCCUAGCCGGUCUCUUUCAGUGGAGCGGGAGCAGCAGGACAGCAGCACCCAGUAUUCAGAUGACCCUUGGAGGAUAACAGAGGAGCAGCGAGAUUACUACAUUAACCAGUUCAGGUCCCUGCAGCCUGACCUCAAUGCCUUUAUUUCAGGUUCUGUAGCAAAGAAUUUCUUCACAAAAUCAAAGCUGCCCAUCCCGGAACUUUCUCACAUCUGGGAGCUGAGUGAUGUGGAUUGUGAUGGGGCGCUGACACUCCCUGAGUUUUGUGCCGCUUUCCACCUUGUGGUUGCAAGGAAGAAUGGUUACCAGCUGCCUGAGACACUGCCAGAAACACUGCUGCCAGAGUACCUGCAAGCAGCUUGUUUGAAGCCCAUGCAUGACUGUGCACUAUUUGAUUCUUACUCUGAGCCAUUGCCAAGCAGUCAGCAGAGUCGGGACUUCAGUCGGACGGAGAAGUCAUCAACUGAAGAGGUACCUGAUAACUCUGCCCUGUUACAAGAUGGAAAGAAAGAUGACAAACAAGCUCUUAAAGUAAGCACUACUCUCAAAACUAUACCAAAGGAAUUUCAGCACUUGACUGUGAAAGCAGCUGCUCAAGAACCUAAUGCAUUCAGAGCCAGACCACGAUCCAGGUCUUAUUCUAGCACAUCAAUAGAAGAUGCUAUGAAAAAGGGAGAAGAGCCCCCUACUCCACCUCCAAGGCCUCAAAAAUCACAUUCCAGAGCUUCCUCUUUGGAUCUGAACAAGAUAUUUCAGCAAAACACACAAGCUGUGAGGUCUGGCUGGCUGCCCCCACCACCACCUGCACUGCCCCCUCGACCUUCUGUAUCUCAGACAGAGCAACCAUCUGAGGUUGAAUUACAUCCUCAGAUGAACAGACCCCCAUCACAGGCAGAAGAAAACAGUUCAGCAAAAAAGGAGGUUGUUCUUGCUCAACCACCCUCCAAACCUGCCCGCAGGAAGCUCCGCACCGAGGCACAGGGGCUGGAGACCCCCGAGCUUUCUCCCACUAUAAAUGUGACUUCUUCCCUGCCAGCAGUCAAGCCUCACCUCCCAGUCCAAAAACAGUCUUCCAAGCAGAAAAGGGCUAUUCAGACUGCUAUACGAAAAAACAAAGAAGCCAAUGCUGUGCUCGCCAGGUUGAACAGUGAGCUCCAGCAGCAGCUGAAGGAGGUUCACAAGGAGCGCAUUGCCUUGGAAACCCAGCUGGAGCAGCUACGUCCUGUCACCGUCCUGUGACUUCCUACACGGCUGUGCAGGAGCAGCAGCAGAGCAGUGUCCAGCAGCCCUGCAAGGACAGGAGUUCUGUGCAGCUGAGCAGGGUCUCUGCCAAGGCAGGGGGGAGGACUGGCUUUGCUGGCUCUCUCUUCACCCCAUUACGCACAUUUUGCCUUUGCAGGUGAGGAAGGUACAGAAAACAAAUACCUGACUAUGGAAUAUUUCUGAGUGGGGGUGCUUUGUCUUCUUUCCUCCCCCUUCCCAGCCUAAUGUGUAAAUGCAGUUUAUCACUGAAAUGAAUAACCUGAGAGUAUUUUAUUUAUGUAAAGAAUUCCUGGUUUAUAUGCGUUUUGGCAGCACCUCCUGCCCUGAUCAUUAAGAGGUACAGCAUUCCCGAAUUCUUGCUUAAAUUGAAAACUCAUCCUCUGAGAUGUGCUUCUGGAUGUUACUGAUUCGUGUAGGAUUGUAUCAUUGUAGAGUACCUGUGGAUUUAACAUACCAUAGGAAUAGAACUUGCAAGAUGUACAGAAUCUUUAUCCUCAAUCACAUGUCAAAUAAUUAUUUUCUUAGUACUGUUUAUUAUGCAAUCACGGAUGUAUUUUAAUGUUAGAGAACUUGUAUUUUAUUAGUUGAAGUCAUAUAAGAGAACAGUAAAAAAUACUAAAAUAUAAUUAUUUUGGAAAUUAGGAAAAAAAAUCUUUUUGAGCUACAGCUGUUUCUAAUCACCAGUAUUUGAGCACUUGCUUGCAACUACCAGUAUCUCUGCAUUCUUUUAGCAUGUUUGAGAUGGCUGGUGUAUAGCUUUUUUCUUUUCUUUUUUUUUUUCUUUAACCAACAAUGUAUUUCUUACAAGAGGUUAAAAAUGCAUUCAGGGCAUUUUUAUAAAAGCUAUUCUAUGUACAUUUGUAUUAGUCUGCUUUGUUGUCUUAAUAGCUACUGAUUUAAGGAUGUGUACAAGAACUGUACUUCCAGAAGAGGGGAGAUAGCAGAAGUGCUAUGUAUGAGGCUAUAAAAUGUGAGAUGGAAGUAAUUGCCUUUUACAGCAGGCUUUUGUUGAGGUUCCUUUGCACAUCAGUGGAGAUGCUGCUGAUAGGAGAAAGCUGCUAAUGGCCAUCUAUUUUCUAAACGAAGAAGCAAAGAUUAAUCUUUAACCUGCGUUUGAUCCAGGGCCAGCUGAAUUCCUUAGGGAGUUUUCCAUGGAUGCAGUGUUUGGUGGCUUUGGUGUCAGUUCUUACAGUGGAAGAUGACUAAUGAAUGUUGCUGUAUUUCUUGGAGCAAUACUCUUGGAUUGGGUGACUUCAGACAUAAUAAUGCCAACCCUGCUCCCACCAUGGGUGUGGUGUCCUUUACUGCAAGGAGAUGUCACCUACCUGUUGUCCACCUUGAGCAUGACCCUGCACGUGUCUCACUGGCCUGAUUUAAGUGUAUGUGGUCGCCGUGCAGCAAUUUUGUCACCCUUGUGGGUGUGGUGCUUGCUCCCUGUGGCUGUAGGCUGGCCCUGGGGCUGAGAGGAAAGAGAAGCAGGUUUGAAGCAGCUGGGUAACCUCUCCUUGGGGUGUGUCAUGGAAUGGCUGCCAUGGGCUAUCAGAGGGCACUGGAGCAGCAAACAGUUUUGUUGAGAGAUAAGCAAGGCAUCACUGGGAGUGUUUAAAGUGUUUAAAGGAAACAGUCUACUUUUGCUGAAAGGAACGUGGAAGGGGGACAUGAAUCCAGAAGUCUGUGGGUGAAAAUAAGCAUUGGCAGAGUGCUGAAAGUCUGUUUUUGUAAGGCACUAGUUUUUAUUCAACUAAAGAUUACUGUGUCAACAAGCAACAACUGUUCUUCUGGAUUUGGGACUUCUCUCAUGUGGCUGUUGCAUAGCUGGGGUCAGAUGGUCAUUCCUGGUCAGUGACAAAAUGUGAGGAAUGCAAGCUUUUCUGGGAAUCUGCAAAAGAGCCACUGCCCUUUUGCUAAUGGUGGUAUUGCUGAGAACUUAUCAUCGUUUGUUUCAUUUGUUCAUAAUACUACUGAGUCAUUCCUGAGAUUUAAUGAGGUUAAGUGCUCGCCCUGUUUGCUUUUUAGUUCAUACAUUGUCAUUUAGUUAAUAAGACCUUACUAUUUCAUAGGAAAUAAUCGUAUGGCACACUUGUUUUUUAUGGGUGAUUUUUUAAGGACAGCUUUUAAAUUAUUACAAAGAAGUGUGCACAUUGCAUUUUUAAGGCAGUGGAGGACUUUUCAUGUUUGAUAGGAACUUCCUUUGAAAUAAUCUCCCAUUUUCCCCUGAGUAGUUCAUGGAAUAGAUGCUGUUCAAGGGAAGAGUGGAAGAGUCUGCUUUAUACUGUCUUUUUCACAUGUCUCCCUUCUAAAAUCCAGGAGUUUCUCUCAUUCAGUGGAAAUAAUGAUAUUUGCUUAGCCAACAAUGAAAUACUUGCUUGGCUGUUACUUUACCACUGAAUUAAUAAAUAAAAGCAUUUAACAAUACCUGCAUUUUUAGCAUUGCAAUCAAAUACCCCACUCAGCUUCAAUUACUAGAAUGUGAGUUGAUUUGUAUUCUUUUUGGUGAAAUGUCAGCCAUGAUGAUGGUACAAUACUUCACACAUCAGUAAAGUGAAAUAUUCAAGGAGAGGUGUUGAUGUGUUAUACAUAUGAUGCAGGAGGUUACUCUUCUGUAUCUCAAUGCAUUUAUGAUAGCCCAUACAAAAUGAAAAAAUGUGUCUCUUCUUGGGAAGCUGUUAGCAUUUUGAGGUGAUGAGAAGGCAUCAGGAAGCUAUGACAGUGCUUCUGGCAGGUGCUCCAUCCAGACAUGCUCAUGGCUACUGUUAACAGGCCCUGGCUGGUCCAAAUUCACAUCUCAAUCCAGUAUUACAGAUUUUCUUCAAAAUUAAUUUUUUUUUAGAAGAAUGUGGGUGAAGCAAAAUCAUAAUUUCUUGCAGAAACCUUUACUUUCUCAAACUUUGGAUGGGAGAUACUCCUAUGUCCAAAUACCAUUUGGUCAGAAAGGGAGACCUCACUGGCCUAAUGUUCAGGGUACUUUCUUCAGUUACAGGUGAGUGAUCAGCUUUAAGUCCCUGACAUCCCUGACCCAAAACAGCAAGUAAGGUCUGCCUGCCCCAGGUGCCAGCCUGAUGAAGGAGUGGGAUCACAUUCCCAUGCAUGAGCUCUCACUGUCCUCAGUUUGUGCUUUCUGUAGGUACUUGGGCAGAGCACAACAUGCCCAGCAAGAGAGGAUAAAUGGAGCAGGAGCACACGUCCUUGCAUCUGAGACAAUGUGCUGACCAUGAGCCUGGUGCUCCUUUUCAAGUCUUCAGGGGCAAGGAAAUAUUUUUGUCUGCAGAACAGGGCUAGGCAGAGCACAUAAAGAUCUUCCUCAGAGUGUGUGUGUGUAAAUGUGCACUCAUGUGUCUUCCUUUUGUUCAUGUAUUUCUUUAUGGGUCUGUUAACAUUUAUAUCACCUGACACCUGUAUUUGCUUCAAUCUAUGGUAAUUCCGUGGUGAAAAAAGAAAAAUGCCCAGCUAAGUGUAGUGACUGAUUGCCUUUGUAGAUAAGCCAUUUUUAUUUGAGCCUUUCAAAAUAAAUAAUGACCUGGUAAUUAAGCAAGGCAAA